AUGGAUUGGGUACCCCCAGAGCUUCUUAAGGACAUUGUUGACAAUUAUUUCUUCGCAAAUAUGUGGCACGACUGGACCCUUGUUGGAUUUCUUGAGACUAAGAGAAGUCAAAUCCUGGCUGGCCUUCAAAAGACAAAUGUGCAUCAUUCAUAUAAGAAAGGAUUACAAUUGAUUUUGGAUGCAGAACCGCCCGAAGACGUUUCCUUCGUCAUCAUGAAACAACUAACACAAAAAAUAACGGAAAGUGAAGAAGUCAAAAUGUUCUGGAAAGCAAUAACUGUUGAGAAGAAAUAUAGGGAACAGCUAACUAAUAUCAAAGCCAGUGCUUCGUUCGAAAGUGAUGUUCUCAAUGUUCGUGGGAAAAGAUUUGCUGAAGAAAUUGAUGAUGUGGUCCAACGAGAUGUAAAGAGAGUAGAACUUGGAAAUGACAUUGAAAAUAUUAGCACACCCACAAGAAUUAAAUUUAAUGCUCAAAGCAAAGAAGUAGAAAAUGGAGAAUACGAAAAAUUUAAUAUGAUAUCUUCUAAAGUUAUUCCGGGGUUUAAAUCCCUUAAAAAUAUUAUUAAUAUAAGAUAUCCUGAGAUAGUAAACGAGAUCGAAACUUAUGAGAAAGAACAGAAAAGGCUAACUAGCCUAGGAACAACUCUUAAGGUAUGGUUGCAAAAAACUUUAUCAUCAACCAUUUCAGAGGAGUUACAUAAAUACCUUAUGGAGCAAUUGCAAGGCGAAAAUAUCACAGACCGAGACAAGAAAUUACAUGAAAUAUUUGAGUUAACAUUAAAGGAAUUUUAUUUAAUGGUUAAAUAUAAUCCAAACCAUGCUCUUGUAAGACAUAAUUCAGAGAGAAAAUUUCUCGUUGAAAGGGUGUCAACACCUUUUAAACUCGUCGAAUAUGUGUUUGGAACCAUUAUGACAUACUGGAUUGAAAAAGAAAUAAUGUCAACAAAGGCAACAGAGUUCGUAGAUAAUCCAGUUGAUGAGCCAAUAUCCAAAAAAGCUGAUGCACUGGUCACAGAUCUUGCAUAUAAUAUAGACGUGAUGAAUAUGGAAUCAUCAGGAGGUCCCUUUCAACAAGAUAGAAAACAUACUCUCGAGGAUUCGGAAAAGAUAUCCAAUACUGGAGUAAACAUUCUUCUCACAAGUCUCCGAAAGUAUCUUGGUGCUAGUGUUGAGACCGCCAAGAAACUUAAAGCAUUCAAUAUUCAAAUCAAGAUCGAAUUACACUAA